GGGAGGGGCGCCCCGAGCCAGCCGCGCAGCAUGCACUGGGGGGUUGGCUUUGCCUCGUCCAGGCCGUGCGUGGUGGACCUGAGCUGGAACCAGAGCGUCUCCUUCUUCGGCUGGUGGGCCGGGUCCGAGGAGCCCUUCUCCUUUUAUGGGGACAUCAUCGCUUUCCCUUUGCAGGAUUACGGUGGGAUCAUGGCAGGGCUGGGCUCGGAUCCCUGGUGGAAGAAAACCCUGUAUUUGACCGGGGGAGCUUUGCUGGCCGCGGCUGCGUAUCUGCUCCACGAACUCUUGGUCAUUAGGAAACAGCAAGAGCUUGACUCCAAAGAUGCUAUUAUUUUACAUCAAUUUGCAAGACCUAACAAUGGUGUUCCCAGCUUGUCUCCUUUCUGUUUGAAAAUGGAAACUUACUUAAGAAUGGCUGACCUACCCUAUCAGAACUAUUUUGGUGGAAAACUCUCUGCUCAAGGGAAAAUGCCUUGGAUUGAAUAUAAUAAUGAAAAAGUGUCUGGCACAGAAUUCAUAAUCGACUUUCUGGAAGAAAAACUUGGAGUGAACUUAAACAAAAACCUUGGCCCUCAUGAAAGAGCCGUCUCAAGAGCCGUGACCAAGAUGGUGGAAGAGCACUUCUACUGGACGUUAGCUUAUUGCCAGUGGGUGGACAAUCUCAAUGAGACCCGGAAGAUGCUGUCUCUUAGUGGUGGUGGCCCCUUCAGUAACCUGCUCAGGUGGGUCCUGUGCCACAUAACAAAAGGAAUUGUGACGCGGGAGAUGCACGGCCACGGCAUUGGCCGCUUCUCGGAGGAAGAGAUUUACAUGCUGAUGGAGAAGGACAUGCGGUCUUUAGCGGGGCUUUUGGGUGACAAGAAGUACAUCAUGGGACCCAAGCUUUCCACUCUUGAUGCCACUGUGUUUGGACACUUGGCACAGGCGAUGUGGACCUUGCCGGGGACAAGACCAGAGCGGCUAAUCAAAGGUGAGCUCAUCAACCUUGCCAUGUACUGUGAGAGGAUCAGGAGGAAGUUCUGGCCCGAGUGGCACCAGGAUGGCGACAACACCCUCUACGAGUCUGAGGAGAGCAGUGAGGGCAGCAAGACUCACACACCCAUGCUGGAUUUUAGCUUUUACUCAAGGACAGAGACCUUUGAAGACGAGGGGGCUGACAACAGCUUCUCCAGGACCCCAGACACGGAUUUCACCGGACACUCUCUCUUUGAUUCUGAUGUGGACAUGGAUGAUUACACAGACCACGAACAGUGCAAAUGAUGACCCUUCACUGACCUCUUCCUUAGGAGUUACCAAUCCCUGGGGUCGGUCCGUGUCCCAGGUAGAAUCCGUCUGGGCUGGGAGGAGAUCUCCAAGCUUGGCCCAGUUGUAACAUGCUAACUGGACUAUAAGCCGCCUUAUUUCUUUUUUUGUACAAACAAAACCACAGAACCAU